CUUGCAGCUUCCUAGGACACUGGACAAUCAUUCAUCUGGGAUUGAUCUCCAUUUCUGGGGACGAGUACUGGCAAAUCUGUCAGAAAAACUACGAGAGCUGGCCAUGAGGAGCAGCUUCAAAGAUUUGCUUCAGGUUCUCUAUCCUCUUUUCCAAGAUGGCGGCCCAUCCUCCUUCUCUCAACUAAUGAACUCAGUGUCUGAUCUCUUCUGUGGGUAUCCUGAGGGUGGGGGCACCAGGGUCUUUUCGUUCAACUGGUAUGAGGACAACAAUUAUAAGGCCUUCCUGGGAAUUAAUAACACACAUGGAAAAGCCCAUUACAUCUAUGACAAGACCACUACCCCAUUCUGCAAUGCAUUGAUGCAGAACCUGGAAUCUAACCCUGUUACCAAAAUAGUAUGGAAUUCUGUGAAGCCCCUGCUGAUGGGAAAGAUUCUGUAUGCCCCUGACUCUCCUGCAGUGCGGCAGAUAUUGAAGAAUGCUAAUACUACCUUUGAGGAGCUAGAGAGAUUGAGAAGUAUGGGAAAGGCCUGGGAGGAAGUGAGCCCUCAGCUUUGGGAUUUUUUUCAGAACAGCGUACAGAUGAACAUGAUCCGAAAUACAAUUAAGAACCCCACAGUGGCAGAUUUUAUUGACAGAAAUCUUGAGGAUACAGAGCUCUCAUCCAAAGAUAUUCUCAAUUUCCUCUACAAUGGACCACCGGAAGAUCGUCCUGAGGACAUGCCGGAGUUUGACUGGCGGAAUAUUUUUAAUCUGACGGACCAAGUCAUACGCAUGUUCAAUGAUUAUGGAGAGUGUCUGAACCUCAAUAAGUUUGUUGGCCAUGCAGAUGAGGACCAGUUGACACACCAAGCUCUGUAUCUCCUUGAAGAAAACAAAUUCUGGGCUGGACUCACCUUCCUAGACAUGUACCCCUGGACUGACAAGCUCCCAGCACAUCUAAAGUUUAAGAUCCGCAUGGAUAUCGAUGCUGUGGAACGCACAAAUAAAAUCAAAGACAGAUACUGGGAUCCUGGUCCAAGAGCAGACCCUGUAGAGGACCUGCGUUACAUCUGGGGAGGCUUUGCGUAUCUGCAGGAUAUGAUUGAGCACGGCAUUAUCAAAAGCCAGACCAACAAAGAUACAUUGCUGGGGGUCUACGUACAGCAGAUCCCCUAUCCCUGUUAUGUUGAUGACCUCUUCAUGUUGACUCUGAAUCGCUGCUUCCCCAUCUUCAUGGUGCUCGCCUGGAUCUACUCUGUGUCCAUGACAGUGAAGGGUAUAGUGUUAGAGAAGGAGCUGAGACUCAAGGACACUCUGAAGACCAUGGGCGUGUCAAAUGGCGUCAUCUGGUGCACCUGGUUUAUAGACAGCUUCAUUAUGAUGGCUGCCAGCACCACUCUUCUCACUAUCAUCAUCAUGAAGCCAGUCCACAAACAGAAACUAAAGGAUCUACAGAAACUAGACAAAUUCUAUCUGAAUGUUAACCCUUUCUUCGAGGCUGAGCCAGCAGGCCUGGUGGUGGGGGUGUCAGUUCAGAAUCUGGUGAAGACUUUCGAUGGAAGUUUCCGGCCAGCUGUAGAUGGGCUGAACAUCAACUUCUAUGAAGGACAAAUCACUUCCUUUCUGGGCCAUAACGGAGCUGGAAAGACCACGACCAUGUCUGUCCUUACUGGCUUGUACCCACCAACCUCAGGAACUGCUUACAUCAAUGGGAAGGAUAUCCGCACUGACAUUGAUACGAUUCGACAGUCCUUGGGCAUGUGCCCACAGCACAACAUCCUGUUCCACCAAAAUCAGUAA